CUCCUCUCGUCCCUUCCUCCCUCACUCACACAUGCCGCCCCAAGGGCCACGGGGGUCCCAGCACAAUGUCGUGCCCGUCGAUAAAACCUAGUUCUUUCAUUCCCAUCGAUUCCACCUCGCUGCCCGAGUCUCAGAAGUGAUUCCGUCCAGAUCCCGCCCAGAUCCCGUCCCAGGGCCCCUUCCUCGUCCCCUCCCGCCGGUUUCCGGCUGCCCACCUCCGUCUCUUGCCUGUUGUCCGUUGUCCGUUGUCUGUUGUGUGUUGUGUGUUGUGUUUCCGUCCUGGGCAGGCAAGGGCCGCUGGCCGACUAUAGCCUCCCGCAACACAGUCGGACAGCCCGCCAUGCUCAUGCUCGGCAGCCCAGCCCAGCACAACAGCAAAAACUCGACAAGAAGAGACGAGAUGAGGUGACCCGAUACAGAUAUGAGCAGGGAUGAGUCCACUCCGUCGACCAUGUCCGGUCCGGAGCCAAACCUCGACCGAGCCGUCCAUCGCCUGCCGCCUCAGCAUGUUCAGCAGUACACUCAGCAGCAUACGCAGCAGCAUACGCAGCACGCCGCCGCCGCUUCUUCUUCUACUGCUUCUUCCGCUGUUCCUUCUGCUUCUGCUACUACUGCUGCUGCUGUUGCUGACCUGGGACCACCGAGGCCACUUGCUGCCUCCUCUCCCUCACGGCAUGCCCGCCAUGUCACCCUCGACGUUACUCUCGAGGUUGAUAUGUUGCGUCAUAAGCUGCGACUCCUCGAAGCUGCUGUUGAACGCCACGGCAUCGCGUCACGCAUCCCUACUCUCUCCGAGGCCGAAGAGGCCCGGGCCUUGCAGUACCGGUGCGAGUGCCUCGAAGCCGCCUUUUCUCAGCAAGCUUUGGAUGUGGCUGGCAUCUUGGCACACCCACCUCCAGACCAGGUACUGUCAGGCUUCGCCCCAUGGCUCGACAACCACUUCGCACUUACCCGUCACGAGAACGUGAACCCCCUCUUACCUUCUCGAGAUGCCGUCUUGUCUCGGACCCGUUCACGAGCAUCAUUCAAGUGCUUCCAUGACCAAUGUAUCCACUACAUCUACGGAUUUGCAACUCGGAUCGAUCGAGACAACCACGCUCGACUCCACUCCUCUCCGCUGACUCGGAACCCCGACCCUCCACUGGGAACCAGACGACCUAUGUCGUCAACGGAUCAAUCACCAGUGAAACCCCCCGAUUCCUUUUCACGGACCCGGAUGUCCUCUGCUCAACCCCCAGGCCCUCUUGUGACCACCAACUUGCCGCCUCUUCCUCUUCCGACCCCAUCUACCGCGAGCACGGGGACGAGAGACUCGGCAACGAGCUUCAACUUUCCAGAGAAUCGCUCUUCGCUUGUCCGAGGCUUGAUUGACGCUGAUGUCGAUCCUCAACUGCCCCCUCUAAAACGAGCUCGAGUCGGCCACCACCGCCUAAAAUCUAUCGGCGAGCUGCAACUUUUGCGAGAAAAUGAGCCUUGUCUUCGAUGCCGUGCUUUAAACAGACAAUGUGAUUCUAGUCACCCCUGCGGAUCCUGCUCGGAUCUGCCCCCAUCAGAGAACGAAGCUCACUGGAGCUCCCUUGGCUGCUAUCGCGGAUCUGUGGUGUCCCUAGUUGACAAAAUUCUUCCAGGACCCCUAUCGACCUCUCCAACUCGAACUCCAAUCACGCCUCCUCAUCCGCGCCACGGUAGUGUCAAUGACUACAUCUUGAGGAUAUACCCUUCUCUAUCAAAUGGGGCAUUGACUGGACCCUUUAGACUCGAUUUCCAGGAUAGCUUUUGGUGGUCAGAGGGUGACCUCGAUCUGGGUCAACGUUCGAGUACUCAAUUACCCGCCGAAGCAACGACGAUGCCCCCGAUUCUCCGAGUCAUCAGCACAAGUUGGAACUGCCAGGAUACGGCCUACGAUCUUCUCGAGCUGAUAACUGUCAGUGGUCAACUAUCUUCUUCCCGUGAUAUGGAAAUGACGACCUAUCCUACCCUCUUUCGGGCGAAGCAGCUACUCCGGGAGGUGGCCUUCUACGAUGUAUUGCAACCACGCCCAGCCCUCCGCCCGGGACCGAACCACCCCCGAAACGCGUCUGCCGAGGAAGUUACUUUCCCGGAACGCAGCCACCUCUUGAGGUCUUUUACAAUGCGGUUCUUGAGCUCCUUUGACCUCGUCGUUUCGGACGACUCAAAUUUGAAUCUAAGGCGCUGGUUGGGCGUUUUCAUAUCUCUCUGCAUAUUCAGCGCCGUGCAGACAAUACUUAUCGAUACUGCUCUCCCAUCCAUUCAGGGGUACUAUCCGCCAAAAUAUCUAGGGACGGCACCGAUGGAAGCAGCUAUUCAUAGCGUAUACAAAGUCCUCGUUGGUUUGUUCGCCGCCUCGAGUGACGCGUUUUUCAACAGCUUGACACCAGACGAAGGGCAACUACUACAACAAACCAAUCGUGUCAUUCGACGAGAAACAUGGCCGUCGCGGGAUAUGUCGACGAGCUUCGAUUUCCUGAUGAACCUCGGCAAGGGCGAAAACGAGGGAUAUGGGUUUAACGGAUUUAUUCGAUCAGGGAAAUUGGACGAAAAGAAUCAAGCCACCGCUCUUCUCCCCUCGCUCCUCACGCAAGAUUCGACAUCCAGGCAGCCUUUCCCCCCAUUCGAAUCCGCACCCGGUCCCUGGAAAACAGAGUCGGCAAGCUUCGCCAACAGGCCGGAGCGCCAUACUUCAGAGCAGUUCAACCCAUCCCAUGACGCCCCAGGACGGACUCGAAGACACACGGUGGGAGAAGACAUUUCGUCGAUAUCGGAACCACGACGACCUCUGAGAGAACCGAUCCCUCCCCCCAAAUUUCGGCCCUCGUACCAGAAGCCUUCGUUACGUAGAGUGUACUGCGACAAAUGCAACGAGCAUCCGGACGGAUUUCGGGGGGAGCAUGAACUUCGGCGCCAUAUCGAUGCCAAACACUCCCCAAUGGUCAAACGAUGGAUCUGCAAGGAGCCCAAGCACUCCAACUCAUCCUCGCCUCAGCCCGUUAUCCCCCUAUCUCGCUGCAAGGCAUGCCUGGCACAGAAGCGCUACGGGGCAUACUACAAUGCUGCCGCCCACCUUCGUCGCGCACACUUCCGGCCUCAUCGGGCCGGUAAGGCCAGUGGCGACUGGCCCUCCAUGACAGUUCUGAAGAAUUGGAUGCGAGAGGUGCAACAAACUGCCGAUACGAACGACGACGCAUCCUCCAGUGGCGACGAGGAUACGGAUCUCGGGAGUGUAGCAGGCUACACUGAUGCUAACCAACAGCACUCACCGAUGGCCGAACCUCCUCGACUCGCAACGGCAACCGUUCCAACACAGCUCUCGUCGUCCUCGGUCGAACCACCGGUCCCAAUCGACCGCAUCAGCCCGUCGCGACGCCCAAUCGAGAACCGCACGCGAUGCCCUCACCCUGACUGCGGCCGCGUUUUCCGUGACCUCGCCGCCCACAUGCUUACGCACCAGGAGGAACGCCCCGAGAAGUGCCCCAUCGUAACGUGUGAGUAUCACAUAAAGGGUUUUGCCAGGAAGUACGACAAAAACCGCCACGCUCUCACCCACUACCGCGGUUCCAUGACGUGUCCCUUUUGUCCCGGCGCUGGAACCCCUUUCGAGAAGGCCUUUAACCGAGCCGACGUUUUCAAGAGACAUUUAACGGCCGCACAUCACGUUGAUCAGGCCGGCCCCGGCGGUCGUCGAUUCUUCGGCGGCGAGGACUCAAUUGGGACGAGGGCCCGCUGUUCUAUAUGUCAUGGCGAGUUCCCAACCGCUCAGGACUUCUAUGAACACCUCGACGACUGCGUCUUGAGCGUUAUAGUCCCGGCAGUCAGCAAUCCGGUACAUCAGAACGCCUUAGCUCCUCCGUUGCUACAUCAGCAUCAACCCCAACAUUCGCAACAUUCACAACAUCUACAACGCCCGCCACAACACCCCCAGCAACAUCCACAACAACAUUCACAGCAUCCGCAACAUCCGCAACACCACCAAGCCGCAGUGCCAGGGCCGUCUCGGGCCCAGGCUGCGGAUAACCAAAGUAGGAGAGACACAGACGUAGCAGAAACUGGGCCGCAAGGACCGCACAUGAGGACGGAGUCACACUGAGUGUUUUUAUUACAGGAAUGGGCGGCAAUCUGCAUUUUAUUUUUGUUGAAUAUCGGUGCUUUUUUCUUGUGUUGCCUUGCUUGUAUUGAUACCACCAGAGCAGGCGUCUCUCGGUCUUUUCAAUCGUCCUAGGUUGCAAGGCAUGCUGGAAAACCCAAACGCCCUUUCUCGAGGAAAGGGAUCAAACGAAAACGAGAACACGGGGCAUGACUUGGCUUGGAUGAAUGAGAAAACUACUUUUCAAU